AUGAAUCCUCUGAAACAUCGUUUGGGGAGGGUAUAUGUGGGCGCGCUGCUCUUAGCCACCUUUUCUUCUACUGACUGUAUCUCUCACUCUCCGCAGCACCGGCACAGCGACAAGCUCCCGGCACUCCUCUGCGUGCCGGGCCGGCCACCUCCUCUGGAGUCGGCUCGGUUCGCGCGGGGAGCGCAGCCUGGCGCCACACCGCAGCUCUCAUGA